AUGUUGAUGAUGGGAGUAACAGACGCUGUCAUGUGCCGGGCAUUUUACUCAACCCUCGCCGGUAAGGUUGCAGAGUGGUUCAAAUCGCUAGAACCCGGGUCUAUUACAUGUUUUGCCAGCACUGCGACCAAAUUUGUUAGAAGGUUUGCCACUUCUAAAGCCUUUUGGAAGCAUUUUAUGUACUUGGAUAAGGCUAAACAGUUGGAGGGUGAAACUUUAUCAGAUUUUUUGAUCAAGUGGAAUACUGCUAUUGGAGAAGUAGAACCUAUGGAUGACCUCAUAGCUAUUCAUAUGUUGCAUCCUUCAUUACGCGCUGGAGCUCUAUACCAAGAUUUUAUUCUACAUCCGCCGUCGACUUAUGAAGAGGCGAUCUGCCGAGUGGCCAGCUAUGCUAGUGUCGGGGAAGCGAAUGCUGCUAAACGAUUGCAGGAGGUUGGACCUAGCCAUAAAUCAUCCGGUCGGUCGGACAAUCGAUCGACUGAGCAGUCGGGCCGUGGUCCGAACCGGCAUAUGGAGUUCACUCCUUUGAAUCGCUCGGCUGUUGAGGCCCUCAAGUACGCCCAAUCUUGCAAUUUAAUUCGACUCCCCGAGCCGUCUAGAGAUGGCCACGAUAAGUCUAAACAUUGUGCGUAUCAUCGGUCCAAGGGACAUGACACCGGAAAGCGCUCCACCCUCAAGCAAUUGCUCGAGGAUUUAUUACAGGCCAGGAAGUUGGACCGGUUGAUCGAGAAGAAGGAUGAUGAUAGGCGUUUCGCUUGGAAAAGGUCAUCUAAAAAGUCUGACUCAUCAACAAAAGGUAAAGCUUCUGAUCAUGACCCUCCUCCGCCAUCAAAGCAGGUAAUUCAUGUCAUCUUUGGCUGA